CAGGGGAUAACACUGGACUGGAGUUCUCAGGGACAACAGUCAACAACAUUGUUUUCAGCAGGGAUAGGUUUCGAAGAAGCUUUAUGUAUUAACGGGAUAUGUGAGAAACCCAGUUCAGCACAGGUUUUCUGUAUCUUUCUUACUUACUAAUAUAUUAAGCAAGUAAUCUGUGGUAGUGCUGUAAUGUGUGAUUGGAUUGGAUUGAGAGCAUUUGGCACGACAAGGUUUUUGGAACUUUGGCUUCUAAAUGUGACAUGCAUCUCCAAUGAACACUGAGCCCAUCAUAGAUCUAAACCUGAAAAUAUCUGGUUAUGAGAACUGGCACUACAAAAGUCCCUUGGAGGUAAGAUGUUCAUGGAACUGUGUGACCAGUGGGGCACCUGGACAGUCCUGCUGCUCUGGUGCAUAAACUUAUCAGCUGCUGAUCUCAACUGCCCACAGAAAUGUAUUUGUAACCGUGACACGCUGGAGGUCAACUGCUUCUCAAAACACCUCACAGGUGUGCCUGAGGGCCUGCCCAGUAAUGCCAAGCGCCUCAACCUUUCUGGAAACCAACUGAAAACACUGGCCAGAAGGCAGUUCUCUGGCUUGUCCAAGCUGGAGGACUUGGACCUGAGCGAGAACAUAAUUUCUAUGAUUGAAGUAGAAGCCUUUCAGGGACUUAAAAACCUGCGAUACUUGAGGAUUAAGAACAACCGGCUCAAGAUCCUACCAGUUGGCGUAUUUUCAGGCCUCUCCAACCUUCGACGUCUAGAUAUCAGUGAGAAUGAGAUCCUGGUUUUCCUGGAUUACACAUUCCAAGACAUGAUUAACUUACAGCAGCUUGAUGCGGGAGAGAAUGACCUGGUGUUUAUCUCACAACGGGCUUUCGUUGGGCUACAGGCACUCAAGGAACUGAAUGUGGACAGAAGCAAUCUGACUUCUAUCCCCACAGAGGCUCUGUCACAGCUCCAGAGCCUGACCAAGCUGCGUAUGCGCAAGCUUACCAUCAGCGUGCUUCCUAAUAAUGCCUUUCGCCGAUUGCACCAGCUGCAGACUCUACAGAUCCUCCACUGGCCUUCUCUUGAGAUGCUAAAUAGCAACAGUCUGGUUGGCCUCAACCUUACCACUUUAGCUUUGAGCAACUGUAACCUGAGUGCUAUUCCUUAUGCUCCAUUGCGUCAUUUAGCCUAUUUGCAAUACCUGGACCUAUCCUACAACCCUAUCACCUCCAUACAGGGCAACCUGCUGGGGGAGCUUCUCCGGCUGCAAGAGUUCCACCUGGUAGGUGGGAGCCUGAUGCGUAUCGAGCCAGGUGCCUUCCGAGGUCUAGUCAACUUUCGUCUGCUCAAUGUGUCCUCUAAUCGUCUGUCUACACUGGAAGAAAGUGUCUUCCACUCCGUAGGGAACUUGCAGACAUUGCGACUGGACAGAAAUCCUUUGGCUUGCGACUGCAGGCUUCUCUGGGUAGUGCGACGUCGCCGGCGGUUGGACUUUGAUGGCCGGCAACCUACCUGUUCUACCCCAUAUCAAGCACAGAAGAAAGCAUUUCGGGACUUUUCGGAGUCUGAACUCCCGGUUAUAUUUAUAUGCAGACAGGCAAAGAUUGUGAACCGACAGCUGCAAGAUGCAAGUGUGGUGGAAGGUAUGAACGUACGGUUUGACUGCAAAGCAGAUGGCUAUCCAUCGCCUUCUAUUAACUGGCUGUCAGCCCAGCAGACUCCACUUAGCUCUGUGGGGAGAAUACGAGUGCUUGCUAAUGGGAGCUUAGAGGUGCGUUAUGCCCAAGUACACGACAGUGGAACUUAUCUGUGUACUGCAGCUAAUGCAGCUGGUAAUGACAGCUUCCCUGUGAGUCUUCAAGUAGAAGGUCUCCCACCAAACCAUACUGUAGCAUAUUUUUCAGACGAGGGAUGGUUGGAAACAUCAUUACCUCCCUCUACCAACUCUACAGCACGGGUGUCAAACCCUUACCCAUUUGAUGCUAAAACCCUCAUCAUUGCUACCACAAUGGGUUUUCUCUCUUUCCUCAGCUCUGUGGCAAUCUGCUUUGUGUUUAUGUUUUUCUGGAGUCAGAGCAAAGGUCAGAUAAAACACACUGCUACUAUAGACUUUGUACCACGAUCGUCCAUGAGUGGAGGUGGAGAUGGUGGGGACACAGGAAGAUUUACAAUGAAGCUUAUUUGAGCUGGUUGCAAACAACAUAAAAAAUUAAAGGACUCUGAAGAGCUGGUAACCAUUAGCUGAGCCUUCAAUUAGUAACUCUAAGCUGAGCAACUGCUAACCAUGUUGAAGCUUGCCUACAUAUCUUAUGAGUAAGGUAUAAAGCUUUAUGAUAAAUUUUGAAAUCCUGCAUGACAUUAAUGUAAAUAGAUAUAUUUACUUCACUUUAUAAUAAUGAAUUUUAAGCUGAGAAGUUAGGAAGAAAACCACUAUAUCAAAGGAAACAUAAAUAGGUAUUGUAGUAUAGUGGAUUCAGCAUUGCAACUGCUUAAAAUGUUAUAUUGCACAGCAGACAAACAGAAAUCACUGACUUUCUGUGUUUGUAGGCAUGCAGGCUGCGUUACAUUGAAACUGUAGGAUGAAGUUACAUACCUUAAAUCUAUUUUUUAUUAUUUGACUUAAAUUUUCUUUGUCUGGAGGUAAUAAUUCAUAUCUUCUUAAAUAAAUGAUAAAGUGUGUAUUUUAAUUACAUUUUACCAUUGAAAACUAUUGUAUAUUAAUGUUGUGUGCCAUUUGUUUUGUCAUUGCUUAAUUUUAGGCUAAGAGCUCUUAGUAAAAUUAAUACUAAAGUAUUUUCCUUUGUGAGGGUUCUAGCACAUUAAGCCUUUAGAAAUGCCAAAUUAAACAAAUACAGGCCACACAGUGAUGUAUUUGAUUAUAAUUCCAAAGCAGUUUUGCCUAAUGUAACUUUGUAACACACACACACAUACACACACACACACACACACACACACACACACACACAAACACACAAAAAAAAAACAUAUGUGUUAGCUUAAAUGUUAACAGGCUAUAAUUGUCCAUAGGACAAGAAAUAAAUGAAUUAAACAUUUAAGCAAGUUAAGGAUUUGAAAUGUAUUAUUUUUGUGUGUGAUAUUGUACAUUACAGCAAAGGCUGUUAUUCUUAUAAACUGCUGUAUAUAGAUAAGAUUACAGAGUUUCUGCAGGGUUGUUCUUUUUAUAAACCACAUCAAAUGAUGUUAUGCCAUGCCAAUUAAAUUUAUGCAUCUCUUAUAGCACAAAUGUCAUGAACGCACACCUUACAUGGUUGUUUAAAAUGCUUUGCAAUUUAUGUAAUGUAUAUAUUUCCACAUGUUGAUGUUUUUGCUAUGUAUUCGUAACUUUAACAUUUUGCAUUGAACUAUUAAAUACUACGCAAGUGUGGUUGUUCAGAAAACCAUCUCGCCUUCCUAUCUUAAAUCCAAAGUAUUGCAUUUUAAAGCUCCUCAUUAAAAAUUCAAUAUAAUUUCUGAGGCCUGAGAGUCUCAGUAAUUUGCAGCUUUCAUGAAUACUGGUUCAUUCUAGUCUCUUGUGUCUCUUUUAAAAUAGAAGCUGAGGAAGACAGCUAUUAUUUAAAAGGACU